UGAAGUCAAGACCGGUGUCGAAACAUUGAUGGCCGCUGCAGAACCAAAACAACUCUGCGAUAAGAGACAGGAAAAGUCAUAAAACUUACUCUAAACACCAGCAAGCUUCACUCCCGCCCCUGCUGAUGGUGAGGCGAAGGUGAGGCGCGCCAGGAGGAGGCGAGGGAGAGGAGAGAGAGGCAAGGGAGAGGCGGAGACGCGAAAAAUAAGGUGUGGGCAGCGGCAGGGACCCCAUAGCAGUGCAUCAUGUCUGGGGUGAUGGGCAGCGGAGGGGGAGGGGGAGCAGGGGGAUCAUUCCGAGCCUCCCAGACCCCCCUUGUCACCCCCCCAGCACAGUGCCACCCGCCAACAGAUCGUCUCCUGGAUGGGAUUAUUCGUCAAGUUUUCCGAGAGGACCUGCAGAGGUACCAAGGCGGACACCCGGAUGGACAGUGCCUGGACGGGAUAACAAGUCACCUCCCAGACUACGGCAGCGUACAGUGUCUGCUGAGUGUAGUGCUGGAGGACAGGGCAAGACACCCCCACCAGACCUCUCUGGUGCCGCCGUGGCCCAGUGACGGCAGGCUGGGUCCGUCCUACACGCACUUUGAUGCCAAGAGUGUGGUGGGCAGCUUUUCCUUUGGCCAAGAUCGGCUUGUCCUCAACUCCCAAGACAAUUUCUCCACCAUCAGAGGCAAUACUUGUGUCUAUAAAGGGCGCUGGCAGUACGAGCUGAUGCUGGGGACGAAGGGAGUCAUGCAGGUGGGCUGGGCGACGCUGGGUUGCAAGUUUUCAGAGGAGAAGGGAGUGGGAGACACACCAGACUCAUACGCUUACGACGGCAACAGACAGAGGAAGUGGAAUGUUGCCACUUAUAAAUAUGGAGCAUUGUGGCAGAGUGGUGACAUCAUCUCUUGCACUCUGGACCUGGAGGAGGGGAAGGUGGAGUUUUACAGGAACGGCAAGUCUCUGGGCCCAGCAUUCACCACAGUCAAGACAGGGCCUGGGUUUGCCUACUUUCCUGCCGUGUCCUUGGCGAUAGGGGAAAGCCUGGCCGCCAACUUUGGAGCCACACCCUUCAGGUACCCACAGGAGGGGUUCGCGCCCCUUGAAGCGCCCCCCACUCAGGAUUUGAUAAGGGCUGACUGCUGCGUGAACUGGCUGGCACGUUUGGUUCACCUCAGCAGGAACUGGCCUCAGAGUGACGACAUACAGCUGAACAGCCGCCACCGCACCUGCCUGCUAAUCGUGGUGCAGCACAUCGCAGCACACCUGGGCCCCUUGCUGGCACGCCCCUACGUGGUGGAGGCCUGCCUGGUUCCCGCCCUGGCCCGUAUUGCUCAGGUCACCCUAGACCAGCCCGCCCCCACCCUGGCCUUGGAGCCUGUGCACACCCUUAUUGACUUCCUCAUUGCUGCUCUAGAGACCCAUGAACUGCUGAAGUGCCUGGAGAACCUGGUGGUGUGCCUACUGACAGGACACAAGCAGGCAGCAGAGGAUAUCAAGUUCCGAGGGCAGAAGUACAACCUGCGGCUCCUUUACACCCUGCUGUCACACCCCAGGCUCAGGAAGAUCUGUCUGUCGCACAUUCUCUUCGAUAAAGUACAGUUUCCGAGCUUCGUGAACAUCAAGGCAGUGGACGAGGAGGGGCUGAGUGUGGUGGUGAGCUCAGUGUGGUGGACCUCCAAGGAUGGUGUGGUAAACAGUGGUGGUGACAGGUUGGCUUAUGAGGCAUCCUGCAGGGUCAUCAUGAAGGCUGUGCAAGAAGUGGAAGAGAUACAGGUGUCCAUCCUGCGCCUACUGCUGUGUGCCUCAGAUGCCGGCCACUACCAGGACACCAGCCGGGCUCUCUUCCUGGCCAAGUUCAGGACCUUUUUGAGAGAGCUUACCCCAGGAUCCAGAGUAAGAGUCCCCAUCCUGCGGCACAUUCCCCAACCAGUCAUCCUGUGCCUGUUCCACCGCCUGCUCACCAUCUUCGAGGAGCUGUGGAAGAAGGAGGAGAAUCCUGCCACCCCCGUUUUCAUUCCCCCACGCCUUUUCUAUGAUGGGGCACUUCACUAUUUUGAUACACAUCGCCUCGGUGGUCUGGAGUCGCACUUACUUAAGACUUUCAAGAGGGAGUUGAGUAAGGCCCUGCCCGCCACACACGCCACUGAUGAGUCAAAGGUCCUCCUCAAGAUCAACAAUGCCACAGCCGGUGCCAGCAGUGUGACCUCAAUGGAACUGGGGAACCCAGCCAGCCCUCCACCUCAGGACCUCCAGCAUCUUUCGGUCACCCACGAUAGCGAAGACAAAACAGGACAGGGCAGCGGUGUGGGGCAGGACAGAGACUCGCUCCUGCACCUGUUGGAUGGCAUCGUCUUGCUGUACCACAUAGGAGCACACAAACAGCUGGGGAAGGUCGCGGCUCAGAGGGACUCGAUGGCGGACAAUAUUUCUCAUGUUGCGGAUAUCGAUAAAAAGAUUGAGGCAGCAAUCCCGCACUGUUUUGAGGAGCUGGCAGCAUCUCGCAAGGUGUUCGUGGACAAGCUGGAGGAGCAGGGAAAACAGCAGGCAUGGGUUUUGGCAGCCAUUCACUCCCCACAGAAGUUCGCUCAUCUGACGGGACUGAUGAGGGUCAUAUUGGAAAGCCUGAAGGCUGCUUCAAAGGAGGGGGAGCUGUUUGCCUUCGUUCCCGACUUUUACAUUGACAGCCUCACCGAACUGUGUACUGCAAUGCGGCUUUACUUCACCACACCCCCAGAGAGUACUGACUGCACAAAGACCUUAUUAACAGACGUUGGAGAAUUCUUAGCCCUCCAUUUCUGUGACUCAAGAAUUGUUUACGCCGACAGCAAAGACUCCCUCAUUCAGGCUCUGGCAGGGUUUGUGUGCCACCCCCCGACCCUGGCAGCACUGGAGGCCAUGCCGGAGGAAAGCCGCAGACAGAUGGUGCGCAACCUUCUCCAGCCCUACGAGAACCGGGCGUGGGCACAAAAUAACUGGAUUCUGGUGCGGUUUUGGAAGGGCUGCGGGUUUGGGUUCAGGUACACCAAGAGCCCACACCUAACCAACAAAUUUGGACCCAAGCCGCCCAACUCUGAUAACUCCAACUUCACGCAGGCUAGCAGCCCCCUGUCCCCUCCUCCCACUUUUCAGCGGUAUGUGGUUGAAGUCCUGGAGAGCUCAACAGACAUAUCCACCCCAUUCCUCAAUUCUCUACUCAUUCAACUCAACUGGGCCUUCUCGGAGUUCAUCGGAAUGCUGCAGGAGAUCCAAAACGCGUCCAACCGUCCAGAGAGAGUGUUUAUCGACUCUCGGCAGCUGCGGAUCUGUGCCACUUGUUUUGACCUGGCCCUGGCACUGCUGAGGGUGCUGGAGAUGAUUGUCAACACAGCCCCACAACUCUUUACUGACUUUUCCAGACCUAAUGCUGAGUUAUUGAUGUCUAGAUUGUGUCAGCUCCUCUGCCAGGUCCUGAAUCGAGUGAGUGGUUGGUCAGGCUGUUUUGGUCACGUCGUCAGCCUGGAGAUCCCCGGCCUUGAGACCAUCCAUCACUACCCCAUACUAACAGCCGUUACUGGUAUCCUGGUGACACUCAUCCGCCACGACUUGGUGCAGGCCUCCAGCAAGGGACAAGUGGCCACCAGAACCCUACUUAAUGAGCCAAGUUUCCAGCUAAGCUCAAUAUACCAACUCCUCGGCGACUCUGAGAAUGGAGCAGCGAGUGGUGAUGGUGGUGGUGCUGGGUGGAGCUCCCAGACCACCAUGGCCACCUCCCCCACCUCCUCGCCCUCCCGCGCCAUCACUGCUGCCAAUAGUAGUAGUAGUAGUAAUAGUGGUGGUGGUGGUGGUGGUAAUGCAACGGCUGUGAAUAAGUUUUCGUUGAAGAAAUACCCAGAACACAUCAACAGCUGCGAGAUCACCCAGGUGGAGCGUGUGGUAAGCCAUCUGGAGGCCUGUGUCAAGCUGAAGGGUGAGAAGAGUCCGGGAGAAGAUGAAGACUCUCUGUGCACAAUUUGCUAUGCCUAUCCUGCCUCAGCUGCCUUCAAGCCCUGCUCCCACUCCUCCUGCAGGGCUUGUGUCACCCAGCACCUCAUGAACAAAACCGACUGCUUCUUCUGCAAAGCCACUAUACAGGAAGUUGUUGACGAGACAUCAGGCAUAGUGGUAUACCAAGCCACUUCUCUCAACAAGGACAGCCCCCUUAAGACCUAGAGCCACCCCAAGCCACUCCAAGCCACCCCUGCCAGCCCCACUCAAGCCUCAUAACCCACCCUCCUCAAGAUCUGUUCCUCAUCCAAGCCGGUGUGAAGGGAGGUGGUUGUGAAGCCAGUUUAAGCCAUGUUUGGUAAGGAAACUGGCUUAGAACCACACCUAAUCCAGCCAGUCUCAAAUGCAAGCCCUUUCAAAGCCAGUCUAAGCCAUGUUUGGUAAGGAGACUGGCUUAAAACCUUACCUAAUCCAGCCAGUCUGACCCUAACUAAGCCAGUUUCAAAUGGAAGCCCUUUCAAAGCCAGUCAGUCCUUUCCCACAAUAAGCCAGUUUUUAGCAAGGAAAUAAUUUUGAAACUAUAUCUAAUCCAGCCAACCCAAUACCCCUGUAAGCCACUCUAACCGUGUGUCCCUCUAAGCCACACUAAGCCAGUUUUAUGGCAAGUACACCCACUGGAAACAAUCCCCUACCCAACACUAAGCCAGUCUAACCCAGGGAAACCCAUCUUGCAGCCACACCUAAUCCAGCCAGUCCUUUCCUGUACUAAGCCAGGUCAAGCCAGCCCCAUAAAGUGAAGGCCCUUUGAAGCCAACCUAGUGUGAAGUGAAGGCUGUCAUAGAAACCUUAUCCAGCCCUUCUAAGCCACACUAAGCCAGUCUGAACCAGCCAGCCAUAUACCCUAAGCCAGUUAAGGCCACACUAACCCAGUUGAGACAAGAAACCCCAUUUUUUGAGGUGACUUAACCACAUCAAGUCCUUUACCAAGCCAGUCUAAGCCAGAGUAGGGAAGGAACAGCCAUGUGGAAGCCUAAGCCAGCCCUGUGAAGGCCUAAGCCAGCCAGCCUUAAGCCAGUGUAAGCCCCUAAGCCAUUACCUUAAGCCUGUGUCUGUCUUGACCUAACCUAACCUGUUCCGAGAGAGAGAGAGAGAGAGAGAGAGAGAGAGAGAGAGAGAGAGGAGGAAGAUAAAAUUAAAUGAUAAAUAUAAGUCCUAAGCUGAGAGAGAGAGAGAGAGAGAGAGAGAGAGAGAGAGAGAGAGAGAGAAUUUUCGUCUUUAUAUACAAAAACUUUCUAUACUUCGUUUUUUAUUUAAGUAGAAAAUGUUUUUGGAAAGUUUUGGAAAAUCUGGAAAAAAAAGUUUCGAUAAAUUAGUAACUGAUGAAAAUAAUAAUAAUAAUAAUAAUAAUAAUAAUAAUAAUAAUAACAACAACAAUAAUGUUUGGAAAGGAAGAAGUGAAAUGAAAGGUGUUUGUCAUGAAAAAUUAUGAAAAUGUAGAAAAGUAGUGUGUUUGUUUGUGUGUGUGUUCAAGUUCUCCAGGGUGAAUGAUACACCGCAGCUUGUCACAAAGAUGAAAAAAAAUAAAUAAAUAAAUAAUAAUAAUAAUAAUAACAGUUGCCAAAAAUGAGAAAAUUAAGAUGCAGAAACUUGAAAAAAGAAGAAAAAUAAAGAUAAAUUAAGAUGUGAAAAAAAAGAGGAAAAAUCAUUGAGGAAGAAAGAAGAAAGAUGAACUAGGAGAAAAGAAGGAAAAAAGUAAACAAAGAUGAACUAAGAAAAAAAAAUGGAAAAAAAAAAUAGAUAAGUGGAAAAAAAUAAGUUAAGAAUUCAAAAUCACAAAAGUUACAAAUAUUAAACCAAAAGAUAAAUCCAAACAAAUAAACAAACCACAAAAACAUGACAUUUAAAAAAAUAAAAAGUGGAAAAAUAAAAAAAAAUAAAUAAAUCACAAAAUCCUGGACAUUGCAAACACCGAACCAGAAAGAACCAAACAGAAAUAAAUAACUAGAAAAAUGUUUGAGAGAAUGUAGUUAAUUUAAAAACAUACUCGAACGACAUUGCGCUGCCUCAAAAUAUGAAAAAAAAAAGUUAAAAAAUCAUUUAAAAAAAUUUCAGAUUGAUGAACAUUGCAAACUCUAAACCAGAAAUGGAACCAAACAAAUAAACCCAUAAAAACAUGACGGCCCUUUCAGAAAAAAAUAAUAAAUAAAUAAAUAAAAGGGUUAAAAAUAUAAAUAAAUAAAAAUCACAACAAUUACGAACAAUUAACACACAAAUCAACCUAAACAUAAAAUAAAAAAAUAAAUAGAAAUAAAAAAAUAUAUAUACCAAACACUGCAAAGACUGAACCAGGCUGGGCUCGACAAACAAGACACUGCCGCAGUCAUUUGAACACUCCCCAGCACUCACAGCACUGGAUAGGUAACACUCGCUUUACGCUUAGACAUGUAUAGGCCGCUGAGAGAGAGAGAGAGAGAGAGCAUAUUUUUCCUGCCUUCCCAAUACUCUUGUCUCACUUCAUCUUAUUCCUCUGCAUGUGAAGCUCUCGUUUCUCUUUACGUAUAAGUGCAUGGAAGGGAAGCUUUGAAAGAAAAUGUGAUGUUUCAUGCUGGUGAGAAACACGUGCGAUUCCAGUUAAAAUGAGUGUAGGAGAAAGAAAACGGAUUGUAUUUGUUUCCUGCUUGUGAAAAAUACGCGGAAAUUUUGGUGUAGAUGAAAGAGAAUAUGUAGUAUUUUUUUUUUUUUUUUUUUCAUUUAUUUAUUUAUUUAUUUUUUUUUUUUUCACAGGAAUGCAUCAAAAACCAGCUUAGUCUAGAAGUAUUUUAUAGUUAUUUGUUUAUGUACGAAGAAUUGGAAUACCUAGCGUGGAAGGAAGCAAAUUUACCAUCAUUCUUGUUAUUUAUUUAUUUUUUAUUUAUUUAUUUAUUUUAUUUAUUUUUUUUAAAUCCUGCAUAGAAGAGAGAAAGUUUGUUAUUAUUCUGUCUUAUGAAAAUUCAGACAUGAGAGAAAGAUGAUGAAAAUAACUGAGAUAAGAAUCAGAAAGAAAGAAAAAUGAAAGAAAAUGAAAAUAAGAUCAGAAAAAAAAUGAAAA